AUGCAAAGCCCGAUUAGUGUGGUGAUCGUGGACGCUGUGUCCCAGAAGAUGGAAGACCAUGAUUCCCUGAGCGCGCUUUGCGCAAGGUUGAAUACAAACGAGAUCAGGUCUGCAGCCAUAACCGGCUCAUUCGAUACGCAAGUCUUUGACCUAGAAGAGGGUGUGGUAGUGAGUCUUGGGGCUUUGAGACAAAGGCCGAAGAAGAGGAUGUCUUCCUCACGAGUGCUCUUAGCGCGCGAUUCACUUUGGGGCGAUGAAUAUCACCUCAGCACAGAGGCACAAUGA